AUGCGUCGAACUUUCAUGCUAAAGUCGAGUCCUGUCGCUUACGACCAUGAAGAAAACGUGAAGCUGAGCAUACAGUUAAAUCGUUGGCUGCUGAAACCGCUCGGUGUUUGGCCGAAGUCAGCCGACCUUUCGCGGUUAAAGAAAUUUAUAUACGUGACGGUGAACGUAGUUUGCCUGUGUCUGAUCUGUUUUCUUCUCGUACCGUCCGUCGUCUUUAUGGCGGUUGAAAUCGAGGGUACGUACAACACCAUUAAACUCACCGGACCGCUGAGCUUCUGUCUGAUGACGAUCGCGAAAUAUUCGUCGCUGAUCUGCCGCGAAAGUUACAUCUGCAGCGGCCUUCGACAUAUCGAGGACGAUUGGACGAACACGCGAUAUUACGGCGAUCGAAUGAUCAUGAUCAGGAAUGCGAAGUUCGGCCGGCGUCUUGUCACGAUCUGCGCAUUCUUCAUGUACGGCGGCGCCGUCUUUUACUACCUCGCUUUGCCGUUCAGCAACGGCAAGAUAAAGGACGCCGACCUGAACUUGACGUAUCGGCCGCUUCUGUUUCCGGUUGCCCGGAUAAUCGCUGACGCGCGAUACAGUCCCGUCAGCGAGAUCUUUUUCUGGGUCCAGUGCCUGGCGGGUUUCAUCGCGCACUCCAUCACGGCCGGCGCCUGCAGCCUGGCCGCCGCGUUUGCGAUGCACGCUUGCGGCCGUCUGGAAGUUCUGAUGGAGUGGAUCGAACAUCUCGUGGACGGACGGGAGGAUCUGUGCGACAACGUAGAUGAGAGAUUGACGAUGAUCGUGCAGCAACACGUGAGAAUUUUACGUUUCAUAUCGUUGACGGACACACUGAUGCGCGAAAUAUCCGCCGUGGAAAUUAUUGGGUGCACUUUGAACAUGUGUCUUCUUGGAUAUUACACUAUCAUGGAAUGGGACAAUAAAACUAAUAUUAUAACGUAUAUCAUUUUAUACAUGUCCUUUAUGUUUAAUAUUUUUAUCUUUUGCUACAUUGGCGAGCUUAUCGCCGGACAGAAAUUGGAUCCGGCAAACCUGACGUAUUAUGUGGCCCUGAUCAGGGAGCAUUCCGGUAUGUCCUAUUUAGGAAUCCCUGAUGCUGGCCUGAUUAGGGAAAACUUAGGCAUGCCCUACCAAGAUAUAGCCCGACUUGAAUCUGAUCAGGGAACGCGCAGGCACGCCCUACUAAGGAACGCCUGA